UGACCCCUCGCCCUGUCCCAGCUCCGGUGUGUCCAUCAGCAUCGUCCGAGCCGCUGCAGCACAGGUGCCAUGGGGCCAGGCUGUGCCAGCGUCCUGGGCUGGCUCCUGCUGGCACAGACAGCCCUGCAGGUCACAGGUGCCCGUCCCUGCGAUGCCAAGGAUUUUGGGCACGGCUCGUUGGUGUGUGCCUGCAGUGCCACGUACUGUGACACGUUGGACCCUCUGGUCCUGCCAGCCCCCGGCUCCUACGUCAAAUACGAGAGCAGCAAGGCCGGCAAGCGGCUGGAGCGGAGCGAGGGGMGMUUCCAGMGCGACGCCAAGGCCCCAGAUUUCCACCUCACCCUGGACACGGCGCAGCGGUAUCAGAAGGUGAAGGGUUUUGGYGGCUCCAUCACCGAYGCGGCYGCCAUCAACAUCCAGUCCCUGUCCAAGGAUGCCCAGAACCACCUGCUCCGCUCCUACUUCUCCGAGGAAGACCAGCGCGACUUCAUCGCCCGCGACCUGGGCCCGGCGCUGGCCAACAGCUCCCACCGCCACGUCCAGCUCAUCAUCCUGGAUGACCAGAGGGUGAUGCUGCCCUACUGGGCCGAGGUGGUUCUCAAAGAUCCCGUGGCCUCCAGUUACAUCAGCGGCAUCGGCAUCCACUGGUACCUGGACUUUCUGGCGCCCAUCGACCUGACGCUGUCCAUCACCCAUCACCUCUUCCCGAACUACUUCCUCCUCUCCACGGAGGCCUCCACAGGCUCCUAUUUCUGGGAGCCCAGGGUGGUGCUGGGUGGCUGGGAGCGYGGCAGCAAGUACAGCCACAGCAUCCUGACGAACCUCAAUAACUACGUGACGGGCUGGACYGACUGGAACCUGGCCCUGGACAUGGAAGGGGGGCCCAACUGGAGCAAGAACUACGUGGACAGYCCGGUCAUCGUGGACAGCAGCAAGGACAUYUUCUACAAACAGCCCAUGUUCUACCACCUGGGGCACUUCAGCAAGUUCAUCCCCGAGGGCUCGCAGCGUGUCGGGCUGGCCGUCUCCAAGAAGUGCCACCGCUGUGACCUGGAGCACUCGGCUUUCCUGCGCCCYGACGGCGCCGUCGUCCUGGUGGUUCUGAACCGCUCCCCCAUGGAUGUGUCCUUUGGGGUUUCUGACCCGCGGGUCGGCUCCAUCGAGGCCGUGGCUSCCGGUGACUCCAUCCAGACGUUCCUGUGGACGCAGCCAGCCUAGCACAGCCACGCCAGGAACGCGGUGCUGGUGGGAGCUUGGGGAGAAGACUCCAAYGAGGCUGGGGCUGCAGCACAGCCCCUGCAGCCCCCUGUACCCCAGGGGACCUGUUUGACCCGAGGGCUGCGACGCCUGUGCUUUUCUAGAAGUUUUCGUAAAAUAAACAGGUUUUCUACAAACCCUGACCCGAACCCUUGGUGC